GCCUCGUGGCAUAUCGAGGCGCGUCACGCGCGAGGCGUCGUGCACGCACGCAUAGGUUAGUCGUCGCGCGGGCAACUCGCCGUCCCGCGACGAUGCCGUUAAACUACUACAAGGUGCUCCGCCGCAGCCAAGACUCCACCCAGGAGGAGCUCAGGCGCGCCUACCGCCAGCGCCUGCUGCUGCUUCAUCCCGACAAGAGCGGCAACGGCGAGUUCCGCGAGUUCGAGGACGUCCGGGAGGCCUGGCGGGUGCUCGGCGAUCCGACGCUCAGGCGCAAGUACGACGCGGCCUGCAGGCAGAAGUGUCUGGAGGAGGAAAGCAGUCCCGUGUACGCGCGCCUCUCGCCGAGCGACCUCGAGGAGUCCGGUCGCGAGGACACGUUGCUCUACCGCUGCAGAUGCGGCGGGAACUACCUGGUCGGGCGAGAGGACCUCUGGCAGAAGAACGCGACGCUCGAGGUCACCUGCGACGGCUGCUCGCUCGUCAUCCUCGUCGAGACGUAGCGCGCGUCCAACUUCAAACUGCACCCGCGGGCCUACUUGCUCCCCCGCUAUUUUUCUUUUGUCGGAGCAAGUCCGCAAAACACGACUGAACUUUGUCGCGAACGCGCUUCGCACGUUUGACGACGCGGUACGGCGAGACAACACUCACAGCUGUGUAGAAAGAGGUCGAAAUCGAACAUUUAUUUUGUACAAAAUAUGUUUCUUAGCGCAAGAACAUGUGUACAGUUGUAAUAAAUUUUUCUUUUAAAAAAA